GAGCGCAGAGCCUGAAUCUCAUUACCUUUCCAAUACAAUCCAUAGCUGAGGAUCAGAUUGUUCCAGCGAGUGCUUGUCUUCAGUCAGACAAAGUCAAGGAGCCAUGGCUGUGGCUAAUUUCCAGUAUAUUACCAGGAUGAGCAGUGGCUUCAAGGUCUACAUUUUAGAGGGUCAACCUCAUCACAGAGGAGAAGACCGAUACAGACAUAUGGCGAACGAACGAACUCGAGCUCCAGCUGUGUUUCCGAUUAAACGCAAGCGCGGCUACGAGAAAGGCUUGACUUUGGAGGAAAGACGAGAGCGGGCAAUCAACAGGAGCAAAAUGGCCCAGAGACCAGGACCCAUGCCUGCAGUCUUCAGUAACCAGCAGAGUCCAUCAUCUCCACAGUGCCCAACACCGAGCCCAACAAGCCCUUUGCCUGCCUAUGUGUAUUACACGCCAGUCAGUGAGGAACCUCUGGCACUGAUCAAAAAACCAAGGAAAGAGCCUGAAAAUGCAGAGGAAAAGAUUUCUGGCUCAGCUGGCAGUAAGAUCCAGAUGCGUCCAUCUGUGAUCACCUGUGUGCCUUCAGUAAAAAACCCUUCUUCCAGACCUGAGGUCCGCAAAAGCCAUUCCUCAGAUUCCAAUUGCAACUAUGAUCACGUCCUUGAGGAGCAUUUCCAGAGGAGCCUGGGGGCCAACUACCAGCAAGCCCGUGCCAAGGAACUCUCCAUCAGCGUGUCCGUGGAUGACCACUUUGCCAAGGCGCUAGGAGAGGACAAGUGGCUGCAGCUCCAAUCCAAGUCCUCUUCCUGUUCCUCUACACCUCCCAGCAGUCCCAGCAUCACUCUCUCUCCCACCUACAGCCAAAGCCCCAACCAGUCCCACAGAGAGUCAUCGCUGACUUCUAGCCACUGGUCCGUUAACUAAAAUGGCAUUGCAUCCAUUAAAAAAAACUGAACUUUUUCAUCACAUUUCAGUGCAAACUGUUUUCCCUGUCCAUGCAACAGGAAAAUGACCCAGCGCUAGUAUUCAGAACUAGUCCAUGUAACAGGGGAAAACCAGUCGUCCCGGUUACUAGUGCGGUUCACAACCAAUUAACAAAUGUAGCAUUGAGCGGGAAAAAUCUUGUUUUGUUACAUUUCUACAAAAGUAUCUGAGAAAUGAUAAUAAUAGAUGGUGUAGGGGAUAAUCCUUUACAUUUCCUUUGAUUUGUGCCAUUCCUAGCAGACUGCGGGAAUUGUACGAGUUCCUUGUAUUUAUAUUCCUGGGCCUUUUGUCUUCAUGACUUGUCUGCUUUCUAACACAAGUCUGAGUUUUUAAUGACUUUUAUACAAAAUAAAAUGAAAAAAUAUGUAUGUUUUUAAGUUCUCUUCUUUUGAAUCAAUAACAAGUCUUAAGGGAAAAGUGGAAAUGUGAAAUUGUGGACUUCUUAAAAAUUGAGAUCAUAGAGAUCUAAGAUUGACAUCAGGGACUCAGUGUAGACAUACAGCACACCUGGCCUGCGGACUGUAUCUAACAAACAGAAUUCUGAGCAACCUGGAAAAUCUGGACUCUUUUUCCAGUAAGUUUGAGAGGAUGUAGGGAGCAUGUCCCAGCAGGCGCUCUGACAUUCCUGUGUCCUGAGAAUAUGACUCUCUCUCAGAUCCUACAGAUCCUGUUUGGCAAGGGAUAGGAGGGAGGUUAGGAGGGGAAUAAAGGGUUGGGCUGAUAGGCCUGAGCAUGACAACAAGUCAUGCUCUGUUGUUCCUUAUUUGCAUGUCCUAGCUUGUUUAAUUUUGUAAAAGAUUGGAGACUCUGAGUAGAAAAUUCCAAAGACUUUAUUUCUGAAAAUACAUGCUUUUAAAAAAGUGCAUUGAGGGUUCUAAUAUUUUGAACUUCUUGGGGUUAUAAUUUGAGCAAAGAAUAUUCUUACAGUGGCAUCUUUA